AUACUCCCAGGCUGCAAAUGUGUUUUCUUUCUCUCUCAUCAUAUCCUCUGUUUUCUUCUUCCUUCUUUCUCACCCCCCAAAACUCAACCUGAAACCCACCCCCACAACAAAAACUACCAACUUUCGUCAACACUCAGCUUUCAAUCAUUGCUUUUUCUAUCUGGGUUUCCGCAGCCGGACGUGUAUCUAUAUGUAUAGGUGGAUAGAAAUGGUGUCAAGAUAGCGGUGUUCUAAUCAGGCGAGUUAUUGGGUGAGUAUAGAGGCUGUGUGUUGACUGGGUUAUGGUUUGAAUUUUGUGAUUGUUUGGAGAAAGAAUGGAGUUUGCGCAUUCAAACGUGGUCCAAACCGGAGGAGAUUUGCAAGAGCCGAGUAUAGAUACGGAUAAGUUGAGCUACGAGAUCUUUUCCAUUCUUGAGAGCAAGUUUUUGUUUGGUUAUGAUGAUCAGAAGCUUUGGAUUCCUAAGACCAUCUCUCCCGCCGUUGAGCUCGGCAGAAACGAGGCGGUUUCCACUUCGCCGGCGGGGGAUAGGGAGGACGACGGCGUGCAAGCUAUCAAAAACCAGAGAGGGAAAAUCUGCGUUCUGAGCAUUGACGGUGGUGGAAUGAGGAGCAUCCUCUCCGGGAAAGCUCUAGGUUAUUUGGAACAGGCGUUGAAGGAGAAAUCGGGGAAUCCGGAUGCUAGAAUCGCCGAUUACUUCGACGUCGCCGCCGGUUCCGGCGUCGGCGGGAUUUUCACGGCGAUGCUUUUCGGGACUAAGGAUCAAAACCGUCCGCUCUUCAACGCCGAUGAUACGUGGAGGUUUUUAGCGGAGAAUGGGCGGAGAAUUUAUUCGUCUAAAGGCUCUAGUUCCAAUGGGAUUUUCAGGCGACUUUUCAGCGGCGGCGGACCCGGUUCAGCCACGGCCGGUUUGGAGAAGGCAAUGAGGGAGGCGUUUGCGGUUCCCGAUGGGAAAACCGGCCGGAACUUAACGUUAAAGGACACGUUAAAACCGGUUUUGAUCCCCUGUUACGACCUUUCCAGUACGGCGCCGUUUCUGUUCUCCCGAGCCGACGCCCUCGAGACCGACAGCUUCGACUUCCGCCUCUGGGAGGUCUGCCGCGCCACGUCGGCGGAGCCGGGGGUGUUCGACCCGGUUUGCAUGCGGUCCGUGGACGGGUCGACCCGGUGCGUGGCGGUAGACGGCGGUUUAGCCAUGUGCAACCCGACGGCGGCGGCGAUUACCCACGUCCUCCAUAACAAACAGGAAUUCCCUUUCGUCAGGGGAGUCGAAGACAUUCUGGUCCUCUCAAUCGGCACCGGUCAACUUCUAGAAGGCAGUUUCAAGUUCGAGCAAGUCAAAGGGUGGAAAGCCAAGGACUGGGCUCGCCCCAUGGCCCGCAUCUCCGGCGACUGCUCCGCCGAGCUCGUUGACCACGCCGUCGCCAUGGCUUUCGGCCAUUCCCGUAGCACGAAUUACGUGCGCAUUCAGGCUAGUGGGUCGAGUGGUGGUCGUUGUGGGGUGAGUGCAGAUGCUGAUUCGAGUCCUAACAAUGUGAAAUUGCUCGUGGGGAUAGCGGACGAAAUGCUGAAACAGAAAAACGUGGAAUCUGUUCUUUUCGGUGGCAAGAGGGUUGGAGAGCAAAGCAAUUCCGAGAAACUCGACUGGUUUGCUGCAGAACUUGUGCAAGAGCAUCAGAGGAGGAGUUGCCGUAUAGCUCCCACUGUUGCGUUCAAGCAAGCUUCCUCGAACGCUUCCCAAACAACGCUCAAAUAAUAAAAAAACUAAAAGAUAUAAAAAGACGUGCAGGUGGAGACUGGAGAGACUGAAAUGUGAGUCUGAACUCUGAAGGUAAAAAUAAAAGAAACUGGAAAAAAAAAGUGAAGAAGAACUGUAAAAGUAGGAGCAACUUUUACUUUGGGAGAGAGAUGGUGGGGAAGAAAGGGCAGCCUCAACUGUAAAAACUACAUAUAAAAACAGGGAUAGAGAUAUUGUGUGGGAUUCUUUGUCUGCCUGAGGACAGGCAUUCUGGUGAGCUUUCCACUCUGAAAAGAUGAAAGCAAAUGCAAAUCCCAUUUGAAUCCUUUGAUGUAUAUUCAAGAAUUUGGAGGCAGGGAUAAUCUGAUUCUUUUUGGGGGGUACAAGUGCCCUUGUCUUUUGUGGCAGUCCUUAAAAAAAUGGCUUGUGACUACAUUAUGAAGAAAAGUAAGAGAAUUCAUGAUUAUAGGGAAACUUCAAUCUUUGUCUGGUGAUUGGAAAUGUUCUCCUUU